CUCUCAAUCUAUACUUGGGCCCCCGGCCUGGGUGCUGCCCACUGCCCUGGCUCUGCCACCCUGCUGAGCUCCCGAUGGCCGAUCCCACCCUCCCGCGGCGGCGGGACGGAGACCCCGCGGCGGACGAGGCCCUGCUGCGGGCCGUCCUGCAGCUCCUCCUGGACGAGGCCGUGCGCCGGGGGACGGACGCCUCGGAGAAGGUCUGCGAGUGGAAGGAGCCCGCCGAGCUGCGAGGCCUGCUCGAUUUGGACUUGCGGCCCGAAGGGGAGGGCGACCAGCGCAUCCUCCAGCGAUGCCGGGACAUCAUCCGCUACAGCCCCAAGACCUGUCACCCCCGCUUCUUCAACCAGCUCUUCUCCGGACUGGACGCCCACGCCUUGGCCGGACGCUUCAUCACCGAGACCCUCAACACCAGCCAAUACACCUAUGAGGUGGCCCCCGUUUUCGUGCUGAUGGAGGAGGCCGUUCUGCAGAAGCUGCGGUCGUUGGUGGGAUGGACGAACUCCGGGGGAGGGGUCUUCUGUCCCGGGGGCUCCAUCUCCAACAUGUACGCCCUCAACCUGGCCCGGUAUCGACGCUUCCCGGACUGCAAGGAGCGGGGCAUGCGGGCACUGCCAGCCCUGGCGCUCUUCACGUCCCAAGAGAGCCACUAUUCCAUCCAGAAAGGGGCGGCUUUCCUGGGCCUGGGCACCGACAGCGUCCGGCUGGUCAAGGCUGACGAGAGGGGGAAGAUGAUCCCGGAGGAGCUGGAGAAGCAGAUUGAGCAGGCAGAGGCCGAGGGCAUGGUGCCAUUUUUCGUCUGUGCCACCUGUGGAACCACCGUCCUGGGUGCCUUCGACCCGCUGCCGCCCAUCGCCGACGUGUGCCGACGCCACGGGCUAUGGCUGCACGUCGAUGCAGCGUGGGGCGGCAGCGUCCUGCUUUCCCAGGGCCACCGGUACCUCCUGGACGGGAUCGAGAGGGCUGACUCGGUGGCCUGGAACCCGCACAAGCUGCUGAUGACGGGGCUCCAGUGCUCUGCCCUCCUGCUGCAGGACUCCUCUGACCUGCUGAGCCGAUGUCACGGGGCGCAAGCCACGUACCUGUUCCAGACGGACAAAUUCUACAGCUCGGCGCUGGACACGGGUGACCGGGCCAUCCAGUGCGGACGCCGCGUCGACUGCUUGAAGCUGUGGCUCAUGUGGAAAGCCCAGGGCGGGCAGGGGCUGGGCCUACGCGUGGACAAGGCCUUCGCCCUCGCUCGGUACGCUGCUGAGGAGAUAAAGAAGAGGGUUGGCUUUCAGUUGGUGAUGGAGCCCGAGUUCCUCAACGUGUGCUUCUGGUUCGUGCCACCCAGUCUGCGGGGGCACCAGGAGUGCCCCGACUACGCCGAGAGGCUGGCCAAGGUGGCCCCCACGCUGAAGGAGAGGAUGGUGAAGUCCGGCUCCAUGAUGAUCGGCUACCAGCCUCGGGGGAGGCUCGCCAACUUCUUCCGCCUGGUCCUGGGCAACCCGGCCGUGACUCCGGCGGACGUGGACUUCGUACUGAGCGAGCUGGACCGGCUGGGGCGGGACCUGUGACCGCCCGCCCCG